AUGUCUCUUAUUCACUCGGACAACCUGGCUCCCCAGCCAUGGACGGACGUCUUCACCGAUGACACCUGCAUCGAUCGCCGCAAGUGCCACCGCACCGUGCCCAUGAAGGUUCUGGCGCUGGGCGUCGGCCGCACGGGAACUGCCUCUCUCCGUCAGGCUCUGCAGCGACUCGGCUACGUUAAGACCUACCACAUGAUGUGCGCGAGCGUUGAGAACCCUCCCGACUGCCUGAUGUGGCACGAUGCUCUGUGUGCCAAGUACGAUGGUGUUGGCGAGUUUGGCCGCAAGGAAUGGGACCAGCUCUUGGGUGACUGCCAGGCUGUCUGUGACUGGCCUGCCUGUGCUUUCGCAAAGGAGCUGAUUGAGGCGUACCCUAACGCCAAGGUCAUUCUGACGACCCGCGAGGUCGACUCGUGGCAUGCGUCUGUGAUGAAGACUGUCUUCUGGCGCGUGUCGGACCCGGAGCACCGCCUGGUGUCGCACUUCAGUUGGGCGGCCAGCAUGUACUACCCCAUGUUGAACAAGUUCUUCGAGACCUUCUUCCGCGGCGACUUCCCCAACAAGGGCAAGCAGGUCUACCUCGACCACGUGGAGGAGGUUCGCAGCCUGGUGCCGCCCGAGCGUCUGCUCGAGUACAAGAUCAGCGACGGCUGGGCUCCCCUCUGCGAGUUCCUGGGCGAGGAGAUGCCCGACACGGCCUUCCCCCGCGGCAACGACAUGGCCGACUUCUACAACCGCUGCAGCACGCGCAACCGCCGCCAAAUGCUGAACAGUGCUCUGCAGGCGGUGACCAUGGGUGGUGCUCUCCUUGCUACCGGGCUGGCGGCCACCAUGGUCUUCAAGCGCUUCGUUCGCUGA